UGAAGAGGGUGCUUACCGCACCGCGCCGAGCUUUUUGGUCUCCCUUAGAGGCUCUUUGUCAGCUCGCCGCGCCGCCUGCAGGUCAGAACGCAACAGCAAGAGUGCAUACAUGUGGUCCGUGCCGCCCUUCUUGGCCUUGACUUGAAUCGACUGUGAUCGCAGGCCUGAGCAGGCAGGAAAGGGUAAGGAACCAACAAGCGUCCAUCGAUGCAUGGAUGGUAAACUGAGGGGUCCCUAUCGCCUACGCAAGGCGAUAAUCAUAUACGGCCGUUCGAGAGAUCAUGGGUCUGGACAUGCGCGUGAUGAAUGACGGCACCAUGCACGAAUCUGCAGCCUUAAGUUUUCACGGCAUGCCUCCGACCAAGGGCGUUGUAGGCGAGCUCUGCGCAGGCAAAGCACAGUCUGCGGCCCUGCGCUCGUCGUCACCCUUGCAGAUCGAUCCCUCUCUUGAUGCACCCAACAUGCAACAGCCUACGACGGUAAUGCUCACAGAAGGCUCGGACGCAAUGGAAGUGCGGCAGGACUUGAGCAGUGAUAGCGGCCAUCGUCCCUCGACGCCCGAGCUGUCCUUCUCCCCUUCGUCGCUGUCCGAUGGCGACUUCUCGUCUCGUUCUCACGUAUCGAUGGGGCCUUUGACGCCGCCGACUUAUGCGCGGCAUUCAUCAUUAGCUUCCGUCAGCCAGCAACAAGCCCGCGACCAGCAAUAUCACCAUGUGCUUCCGAGCUGGCAGUGGCAGGAAGAUCAACCUGCUAGCGUUAACGGAGGGAAGGUAAAGGGAAAGGGGAAGGCGCGAGAAGCGGUCGAGCAUCUCCCCACAUCGAACUCGGUGUCGAAGGGCAAAGCAAGGGAUCAGGCUCAAGCUCAGGCCAAUUCUGAGAGAAAGGCUGACAGGCCGGACUUUCUACUCAGAGAUGUGGGCGAGCAAGAGGAAAAAAUGAAGGACGAUGGAAACGACGUGCUUGCGGACGCAAACGUAGACGCGAUGUCGCAUUUCCCCAUCGCAUUCUCGCCUGAAACGACGUUUACGCGCUUGCAACCGUCAUCGACUGCAUCUGGCGAUGCUCCCGCAUCGUUGAUGCCACCGUCUUCGUCGGGAUUGCCGCUCGGCUCCUUGGCAUGUUCGGAAGACCACGUCGACAUGGACAAUUGCCAGAAGAGCGAACAGCACGACCAUCGCCCUCGCUUCCCCGUCGUAGCCCCCCGCCCCGUCUCCGUGCCGGCAGCAAAACCGCUUCUCGAUUGUCCGCCCCCACAAACAGCCCACCUCUACCUUGAUGAUGAUGUCGCAUAUGACGGCGCGCUUCCACCAACGAGCGCCCCUGCCAAUACGUCUACUCGUCUUCCGCGCCAGGUGUACGACGAUCUGCUGCAUGGCAUCGAGAUCGCCAAGCUAGCCGACGAAAGACUGUGGUGCGAAAAGCAUGGUAGCCCUAGUGGUGGCGUCAGCGGCGCCGGAGGUAUUGGAGGUGGCGUCGGCGGCAGUAAGCUCACAGCCAGCAGGAUGGCGAUCGCGAGGAUGAGCCGAGGACCGUCUUCAUCGCAGCAGUAAUGAGAGCAGCAGCGCCAGCAACGAGAGCAGUGCAUGUGCCUCGCCGAAGGUGGUUU